AGGAGGGAUCAAUUCCAUUGAUAAUCUCAUAUUAAAAUGAGCUUAAAGGGAGACAUUUUAAUAAUAUCAGUUGAUAAAUAUAUGUUAUUUUUCUCUUUUCUUUUGAUAAUUAAUGAUUUCUGUUGGGCUCAGGAUGAUCAGAGGUUUGGCCGCUCCCUGCCUGCAGGUGGUUCCGCUUCAGGGAGAGGGGACUUUUGGAAAGAAAGAUCUCAAGCUAUAAUAUCUUUUCCAUAGGGGUUACCUUCCCAAAUCCUUGGAAAACAGGAGAAGUAGAUAAAGAGUUGCUGUUUUGCCUCUUCCCAGAAGUUGAGGAGAGGAAAGAGAAGCAGCAGUUGCGGAUAAAUCCACCGUGACGUUGCUGUCCAGCCCUCCCAGACACUGCAGGAAAACUGCAAUUCCAGAAUUCCUGGUGUUCCAGUCAAGCCUCCUUUUGCACCUGGAUGUGACUUGGGAAGCCUGGCUGUGUUUUUUUGUUUUUAAUCUAAAUUAAUCCACAUCAGAGGUUUGCUCCCCAUGGCACAUCCUCACUCGGCCUUUCCGCUCCCGUCUCGGGAACACCUAAAAUUUCAUUCCUUGACCAAACAAGUCGAAUUCUGGGAGACUAAAAAAUUCAAAUUCACUAACUCUUCAUGUGUCCACUGUUCUUUUUUCUUCCUGCACCUCGGUGCUGGGUGUGGGCACAGCUGCAAUGCCAGGGGAGCUGCUCAGCCUCCUCCAUCCCAGCUUUUCCCGCUUUUCCAGCCAUUCCCAGCCUGAGCUUUGCUGCUCCUUUAGAGCGCCCGCCUGGAGGGGCCUUGAGAGCUAAAACAGAAACCUCCUGAGAAUGCAAUUCAGCAUCUUACCUUCCUGCCUGUGAAUCUUUUCAGUCAUGAACUGCAGAAAAAAAAAAACCCACCCAAACCCCCCCAAGCAGGCUCAGGGUAGUGUGGGAAGAAGGAAGGGGGCGUGGAGCACCGGCUGGGAAUUCCCCAGCCCCGCCAUAUCAACCUGUCCUGCUGGCCCAGGGCUCUGCAAUCACAUCUCCCAGAGCCCAGAAAACUCUGCUGGCAUGGUUAUGGCAGGUGCAGGUUGGGAUUUUCCUGCUGUUUUCUUGCUGCUGCUGGUUGCUGUUGGCCAUUCCUGGGGGUUGGAAUGUGGGGAACACCAAUAUCCUUUCCGGGACAAAUGUUGCAGCGACUGCGCCCCGGGGGAGAGGAUGAGGCAACGCUGCACGGCCACGGCGGACACGGAGUGCAGCCCCUGCCAGGACGAGUAUUUCAGCAGCAAUCACCACCACAGCUUCUGCAGCAGCUGCACAGUCUGCAACACCAAGCGGGGCAGUGUGGAGGUGAAGAGGUGCGAGAAGACCUCGGACAGGGUGUGUGUGUGCCGGGCAGGGUUCAUGCCAGCCGGGCUGCCCCUGGGAAGUGUGUGCUCACCGUGUCCUGAGGGGACUUUCUCCCUGGGAAGGAAUGAGAAGUGUCAGCCUUGGACCAACUGCAGCAGCCUUGGGAAAAGCACCCUCCGAGCAGGGACAGAGGCUCAGGAUGCUGUUUGUGGCAGUCCUGGCCUGCUGCCAGAGACCCCUAGGACUGCAAGCCCUGCCUGGAGUCUCCUCACCACUUCCCACAGGGAUAACAGCUCCACUGGCACGACCUCCACCCCACCCCGAGCUGGGGAAGGUCCUUCCAUCUGCCCCGAUCCCAACGACCCCACAGAGACCAACUGGGGCUCUCUCUCCCUUCUCCUGCUCUGUCUGAUCCUGCUCAUGGUGAGUGGAAUGUCCAUCCUCCUGCUGAUCAUCCAAGCAGCCAGAAAAGACACCAAGGGGAGGCCUCGUGGAAGCAACAAUCAGAAGGACAGGAGCUGUCGAAUUCCUAUCCAGGAAGAACAGGGGGACUCCAAUUCCAGCCUCAUCAAGAACUGACUCCCCAUCCUUUGCUGUCUCCUGCAUUUCUGAGCCCGUGGGUUGGUCCAGGGGAUGGUGCCUGUUCUGUGGCUGUGUGGAGGUGUUUAACUGUGGGAUUAUUUAACUGUGGAGCUGUUUAACUGUGUGAUUAUUUAAUUGUGGAGGUGUUUAACUGUGGGAUUAUUUAACUGUGGAGCUGUUUAACUGUGGGAUUAUUUAAUUGUGGAGGUGUUUAACUGUGCAGCUGUUUAAUUCCAAACUGACCCCCCUGAGCACACUGUCAGUGGAACCCCCACCCCAGACCAGAGCAGUGCCCUCCAUCCCUGCCAUUAAACCCCCCACACACCGUGUGAAUUGACCCUCAUUUCCCUGAGGUUCUGCCCCAGGUUAAACAGCCUGGAGUUAAACAAUCCAAGUUCAAAAAUCCGGAAAAAUCUGGGAGGAGCUGGGAGUGUUGUUGGGAGCAGCUCUGGAUGUGCCUGAGAGGCCUCAGUGGGAAGGUUCAGGAGGCAGCAGAGCUGGGAGUGCCACAGUUCAGGAGGGGUUUGCAUUUCAGAUGCGUCUCCUCCGUACACAAUCCCUCAGAAAUGGUGCUUGGGAUCCACAGCGCCCGAGCAGGUGCCAGGAGAGGCAGCAGAAAAUUGUAUUCCAAAGAAUACCAGGGGUAUUUAGACGUAAAUUUCUUUAUAUGUUAUACAUAUGGUGGACUUUAGCAAGGGGUUUCCUGUGUGCGAGUGCAUAUACAGUGUAUAGAAACAUUUGUAUUGUAUACAAAGGGGCACCUGUGGGAA